AUGGCGAGCUCCAAGGAACUCCCUCCCUCCACCGCUUCGUUCCUCAACUUUUUCGUGAAAAACCAGUUCCGUACCAAAUAUCAAUGCACACCUUCUAAUACUGAUCUUUCUGGCAAGGUCGUCGUCGUGACGGGAUCGAACAGUGGUCUGGGUCUGGAAUGUGCCAGCCAAAUGCUCUCCUUCAAGCCAGCUCGUCUCAUCAUGGCCGUUCGUUCUCCAACCAAGGGCGAGAGGGCAGCGGCAGAUUUGCGACAGCAGGAUCCAAACGCUGUCAUUAGCGUAUGGGAGUUGGACAUGACAUCGUACGAUUCGAUUCGAGCGUUUGCAGCACGUGCUGACCAUGAGCUGUCUCGCCUCGACAUCGCCAUCUUGAAUGCAGGAAUGGGCUUCGGAGGCUUCAAAAUCGUCCCUACCACCGGCCAUGAAGAGACUUUUCAGGUGAACUACCUUUCAACAAUGCUCCUGACCAUUCUCUUGCUGCCCGUCUUGAAGAGGAAGACUCCGGCUGGUUCGCCUGGGCGGUUGUCCAUUUCUACCGCCAUGCUCUCGAUCCAUGCCAAGUUCGUCAACAAAACCGAGGUCCCUCUCUUACCCUCAUUUGACGACAAGAAGUACUUCGACGUCAGAGACAUUUACUCAACUUCAAAGUUGCUGGGCCAGUUAUUUGUGUGGAAACUCACCGAUUUAGUGUCUGCCGACGACGUUGUGGUGAAUCUCGUUGAGCCCGGGUUUGUCAAGGGUACAAACCUGCACAGGGACGCAUCUGUUGCUGGGCAAGUUUUGAUGGGCGCUUUCAAAGCAGCUACUGCUCGUACAGUCGAGGUCGGCGCGUCGACGUAUCUCGAUGCUUCAAUAGUAAAAGGAAAGGAAUCACAUGGAUGUAUCCUAAUGAACUGGGAGGUUGCACCAUACGCCCCCUUCCAGUACACACCAGAAGGCAAGGUUGUCAUGGAGAGACUUUGGGAAGAGACACUGAAUGAGUUCAACUUCCUCGAUGUUAAAGGUGUCCUCAAAUCCCUUUCUUCAUGA